AUGGCAGAUAACCUGGUCACAUUCCAACCUGAGGAAGGAAAAAUCAGUUUAGCAGGAGGCUGCAUCCUCCUAGACCGCGAUGAUUUUCAAGGCGUGCAUAUCGCAGCGUCCUUUUUGUCAAAGGACUUUGAGAUGGUCACUGGAUCCCCGCUAUCGCUGACUACGUACGAAGGGAGCCUUACAGAAGUCGAGGGCAAGCACUGUGUAAUUGUGGGCACUAUAGAGUCCUCCCGCCCGAUCCAGACUUUGAUCCAGAGCGGAAAAUUGAAUGUUGAUGAGAUUCAAGGAUGCUGGGAAUCCUUCGUGAUGACCGUGGUUGAUAAUCCUAUGGGCAGUGUGAAGAAAUCACUGGUAAUUGCAGGAAGUGACAAACGAGGAACAAUUUAUGGUGUUUAUACGCUGUCUGAACAGAUUGGAGUUUCUCCAUGGUACUGGUGGGCAGAUGUCGUUCCCACGAAGCAUUCUGACAUCUUCAUUCAGCCCGGACGAGUACGAUGCGGUCCACCUACCGUCAAGUACCGCGGAAUAUUCAUCAACGACGAAGCCCCCUCGUUGACUGGAUGGGUUCUAGAAAAAUUCGGCCCAAAGUACAAUGUGGAAUUCUAUAGAAAGGUAUUUGAGCUGUUAUUGCGACUCAAAGCGAAUUUCAUGUGGCCGGCGAUGUGGCCAGGCUAUCCAAACCCGGGGAAUAGUUUCUUUGCAGAUGACGCUUUGAACCAGAAGACGGCGAACGAAUGGGGAAUUGUUGUGUCGACGUCUCAUCAUGAACCAAUGCAACGCGCGAUGGCGGAAUGGUUUGCGGAGAAUCCAGCAGGAAGCUGGUCGUGGAUUAAGAGUCGAGAAAAGAUUCAGGAUUAUUUCAAAGAUGGUGCGUCACGAGCCCACGGUUAUGAGUCAUAUAUUACUCUAGGUAUGAGGGGAGAUGGAGAUAGAGCAAUGGCCGUGGACGAUCCCCCUGCCGUGCUUCGAGAGAUACUUGAAGUUCAGAGAUCAAUUAUCAACGAUGUUUAUGGGGCCCCGGACAAGCCGAAUCAGCUACUGGCAUUAUACAAAGAAGUGCAGGAGUAUUUCGAAAAUGGCCUUGUUGUCCCAGACGACGUGACUCUCUUGUUUGCCGACGAUAACUUCGGUAAUAUCCGACGUUUGCCAGUGGGAAUGGAAGAGAAUCGUGCUGGGCGAGCUGGGAUAUACUUUCACCUCGAGUACGUGGGUGAGCCGCGGAGCUAUAAGUGGAUCAACAGUAAUUCUUGUGUUAGCUCAACUCAUCAAAUCUGGGUCUUUAAUGUCGGCGAUAUCAAACCCCUUGAACUUCCUAUCACCUUUGCGAUGAAGAUGGCUUGGGACAUUGCUUCAAUUCCAAUGGAAGAUUUCGAGUCAUUUUUCCAGUCAUUUUCUUGUCUCAACUUUCCUCCUUCAAUUUCCUCACAGAGUGCUCAGCUUCUUUAUCAUAUUGACCGUUUAUUGGCGCUGCGGAAACACGAGCAUAUUGAACAUGAUACCUUUUCAAUUCUGAAUUAUAACGAAGCCGAAAACAUUUGGGAUGCUUGGGAGAUACUGGCAAAGCAGGCCGAGGAGUUAUAUACCGGAUUGCAAGAUCACGAACGCGCCGCCUUUUUUGAACUCGUCCUGCACCCUAUCAAAGCCUCAUCUAUAUAUACAAGGCUUCGAGUGAGCCAGGCGAAAAAUAGGUUGUUCGGUUUACAAAGACGUAAUACAACGAAUGAAGUUGCCCAGGAGGUGCUGGACCUCUUCGACGCCGAUUUUGAUCUGAGUGAAGAAUAUCACUCCCUGUUGGGUGGAAAAUGGAAUCAUAUGCUGCGCCAACCACAUUACGGAUACCGCGAAACAUGGCAUGCGCCAUCUAGAGAUAUGAUUGAUGGUAUUUGCUACGUCCAGACCCGACAGGAUUCUAACCCUAUUGUCGGACAUAUGGGAGUCGCAGUUGAAGGCGAGCAAGGAACCAGGCCAGGUCUGACAAAUGAAGAAUCUGAUAGGACUCAUCCUUCGCGAGGUGACCUGAUACCUGGUUUAACAUUGCCUCCACUGGAGACCUUCGGUCAGAAGACGCGCUACUUUGAGAUUUUUCGCCGCGGAACUGCCCUGUUUACCUGGAAAGUGUCUCUCCCACAUGACUGGAUUAAAGCUACACCCAGUUCUGGAACUCUGGAUAACGACACCAAUGAUGCUAGAGUAUAUAUUGAAGUGGACUGGAACAGUGCACCGCCGGAAUUUGAUGAAAUAGUGCAACUAGCGAUAUCGUCUUCUGUGGGUGACUACGACCAUGUUCACCUUCCAAUAAUCCGUCGCAAAAUUCUCGUUGAAUCGUUUACAGGAUUUAUCGAGAGCGAUGGAUGUAUCUCGAUACCCGCGACUCGUUUUUCGCGUCCUGUGGAAGGCUCUCAGUAUCAAAUCAUUCCAUUUUUGGGUCGGACUGAGUAUGGAGUUGUGGAAAGAAGUCACGCGAAGAAGAAUUCAACUGCUGCUGAAAUGGGAUUUCUUGAGUACGAUUUUUAUGUUUUCUCCAACCGCACAGAACCUCCGAAGCUGGUUUUAUACUUCACCACAACUCUAGACACUGAUACCUCCGAUCCUCUUACCUAUGAAGUUAUGGUUGACAAGAGAAGCUACGGCGAAUUACGUCUGAUGGAAGAUGCGCCAAAGAUUGGGGACCUCCCACCAGGAUGGACUCAAGCUGUUCAAGAUUGUGUCUGGACAAGAACUCUGGACUUGCACGAAACGGUCCAUAGUGGAGAGCAUGUAAUUAGAAUUCGUCUUUGUAACCAAAAUUUGCUGCUGGAGAAGAUAGUGGUCGACUUUGGGGGAGUGAGAGAGAGUUACUUGGGUCCGCUACCGAGUACAUUUGUCAAAGAUGGUCUUGUACAUUCAUGA